AGCCUUUCUUAAAGGGGCCAUGACACCCAAUUUUCGACCACAAUCUGUGCAGUGUGGGUUAAUCCUUGUACGUUCAUAGACAAGCUGGCGAAAUUUUAGCGCAUUUGGUCGAGCCAUUAAUUUAUAAUUGAAUAUUUUUAUUAAGGAGCGAGCAGCCUGAGAGUCGGGCAACACUGGCGCGCUCGCUAGCCGUGACGUAACGAGCGGCGUACUGUGCGAGCGUCUGCAUUCCGGAGGACGAUUUUGUUCCCUGGUCAGCUGCCGUGCAAUCGAGUUGUUUCAGCUGUGUUCAACUUGCCAUUGGAACUGAAUGAUUUGCAGCGGUUGAAGCAAUGCCACCGCGUCGCCCAUGUAGCGCUGUGGGGUGCCAGAGCGUACGGAGUAGGGAAAGUACAGUGUCGUUCUUUAGGUUUCCCAAAGAGCCCGCCAAGCGCAAGGCUUGGGAGCUGAACGUGCGCAGAAAGGACUGGUGCACAACUGACGCUUCUGUUUUGUGCUCAGCGCACUUCACGCCAGACAGCUACAAUGAUGAUCUGCGCCUUCUCAGCGAGUUCGGUAUACCAGUGAAAAAGCCGAGGCUGCGGCCGGACGCGGUGCCGACCGUGUUCUCGCACCGUCCCAUCCUCCAAGCUAAGCGCCGCGGUGCUUUUGAAAAACGUCAGAGGAAAGAGAUCGUUGACGCCCUACUCAAACAAAGUGAUGUGCCCGAAGAGAUUGGCAUGCAGGAGGAGCAUUCACAACUCGCAGCACAAGAAGCUGAUCCAUGUGUUCCUGGCAGCACAGAUGACUGUUUAGCCUCAACUGCUUCAUGCAGCACACAAUCAUUGCUGCAGGAAGACUGUGAGAAGCACUGUAAAUAUGUUCAAGUGUAUCUGCGACCAAUGCAACGGCAUGUAAAAGCUCAAGCUACUCCAAAGGCUGUCAGUCUCGGUGAGUGUGCCAAACAACCUCAUUGAAGUUGGUUCAUAUCGAAGAGGUAGUGUACUGUGCAAGCACGAAAGAAGGGAGCAGAAAAGACAGG